GUCAGAUAGAGUUUAAGAAAAAGAAAUCAAAUUAACAAAAACCAAGAGAGCAUACAUAUAAAUAUAGGUAUUCCAAAGAAAAUGGUGAGAACUCCUUCAGUUGACAAAAAUGGAAUAAAGAGAGGUGCAUGGAGUGAAGAAGAAGACAACAAACUAAAAGCUUUUGUUGAAAGAUUUGGUCAUCCGAAUUGGAGGCAAUUGCCUAAACAUGCUGGUCUAAUGAGAUGUGGGAAGAGCUGCAGGUUGAGAUGGAUGAAUCACUUGAGACCUGGUUUAAAGAAAGAAAAUUAUAGCCUUGAAGAAGAGGAACUCAUCAUUAAACUACACAAGGAACAUGGAAACAGAUGGUCAGCCAUUGCUGCAAGAUUACCCGGAAGAUCCGACAACGAUGUCAAAAACCAGUGGCAUGCUCAUCUCAAGAAACGUGCCAAAACAAAUACUACUUCCAAUUCACCAAUUAUGGAGCAAUUUUCUGAGUAUUCGCAAUCUUCUUAUAGUAUGAGAGAGGUGCCAUCUGCUAGUCUAAAUGCUAUUGACACUUCAGCAACGUCUACGGAGGUUUCAUCAACUGAUUUAUCCGACUUAUAUUCGAGUUGUUCCCUUUUAAAUGAAAUGGAUUGGAUUGAAGAAGAUCAUAUCACGUCAAUGGAACAACUUCCAGCAGAUUUCUUUAACUUUUGCUGGACAAAUCCCAUCGAUAAUUUUCAGACAGAACCCUUUGACAAUUUUCAGACAGAACCCUUAGACCAUUUCUGGAGACAGCCAUUCUUUUAAUUCUUAAAUACCUUAACCUACAACAAGUUUAUACAUUCUGCAAUUUUUGCAAGAACGACGACGAUGUGCUGAUCAAUGGCAUAUCGAUCAGAGCUUUUAAAUUUUUA